AAUGAUCAGGCGCGUUGAUAAAAGGAAUCAUACUUCGGGAAGAAAGCUAAAAUCAACUAUUAUCUGUUUGAUAGUUGUAGUAAUUAUACUGACUAUAGCAUGUAUUCUUGUCACAAGAGGACACGAAAAAAAAUCCUUCCAAAUUGUAAAACAUCCAAAGACCACAUUUAGCCUGAGUGAAAUUUUCAAUUCCAACUAUCAAGUAAAAGAUCUUAGUGGAUUUUGGAUACAGGGAUCUGAGAGAUUUCUUCAAUUAAAUAACAAUGGAGAUAUAGUUGAAAUUUCCUUAACUUCACCAUAUAAAGUUGUUAUGAGUAAGGCUUUUGUAUUGGAAAAUAAUUUAUACAUUCAAAAUAUUAAUGGAACAGUUAAGCAGCUGACUUUUUCUCGUAAAGAAAAUAGUGUUUUUACUGGAAUUCCAGAUACAUCUUAUGAAAAUUUACUUUCAAAGGGAAUAGCCAUUUAUUGGUCUAAAAAAGAUUCUUUCUUGGCUUUUGCUCAGUUUAAUCUUACAUUUGUUCCGAAAGUAAAUAUAACUGUUUUCGGAGAACAAAAUUGCUACUACCCUAGAUCAAAAAGUCUAUUUUUUAGUUUGGCUGGACAUAUUGACAAACCUAGUUGUAAUAUUGUUCAAACAACUCGGGUAUCAUUGUUUGUUUUUGAAUUAGCAAGUGGAAACAAGAUGUUGAUUUAUCCUCCAGAAAAUUUAAGAAAUCAAGAUCAUUACUUCCUUCAAUUAUCAUGGAGAGAUGAAAAUCAUUUCUUAAUUACUUGGACGAAUAGAAUUCAAAAUUUGGCAAUUGUCAAUUUCUGUAGUAUUUCAGCUAAUGUUCACUGCGUUCUGCCAUGGCCAAAACCAGUAUGGACUGAGAGUGGAGAGAGUUACCUUACUAUUUUAGACAGACAAGAGGAUAAUACCAGUUACUUUCAGCUAACUCUUAUAUCUGUAUCGACAGCUUCAAAAGGGUUGAUAACUUUUUUGACCAAAGGUAAACAGGAUAUCAUCCAUAUUUUAGGAUACGAUGAAAAGCUAUCAGUUGUAUACUACCAAAUAACAGGAAUUGACUAUAGAACUCGCUAUAUUUUUAGUCUGCAGAUUUCAGAGAAAAAUAUUACAACUGCGCAAUGUAUUACUUGUAGAAUUCUACCUAGUUGUACAUAUGCUUCAGGAAAAAUUAAUUCUCUUUCUACGUAUAUGAUUCAUGCUUGCUAUGGUCCGUCGUUUCCUCGUUUUGACUUGGUGAAUUUAAAAGAGUAUCAAAUGAAAGUUUUAGAGGAUAACAAACACUUGAAGGAUUAUAUUUCAUCUAAAUUACUUCCUGAUAAGAGGUAUGAAAAAGUUGCUAUUGGAGAUAAAUAUGAUGCUUGGAUGGAAAUCCUAUAUCCACCGGAUUUUGAUCCUUCAAAGAAAUAUCCAGCACUAAUUUAUACGUAGUGAUUGAAUUAACAUAAGAGAAGAUAUAAUUGGACUAUAUUUUUGUUUUUCAGUUCUCCACAUCCUAGCAACCAGAAAGUUUCCUCAAAAUUCAACUUCAACACGGAUUAUAAGUGGUUUUUGUACUUGUCAACUGCGCAUAAUUUUAUAAUAGCUUAUAUUGAUGGUAGAGGAUCUGCCUUCAGGGGAACUAAAUUUAUGUUCGACUUACAUAAAAGAAUUGGAUUAGUUGAUGUUAUUGAUCAAAAUUAUAUAGCACAAAUUAUGGAGGAUUUGUGGCCUCUCACGCCAUUUCUUCUGUCAGUGGACAGUUUUCUUGUGCCAUUGCCCGCUCACCUAUAACAUCUUUCAAAUAUUUUGAAAGUACAUUUACUGAAAGGUA